AUGAAGCCUAAAGUCUCCAAGAGACUAUCCUGGACAUGGACUACACUUCUCUCCAUUACUUGCUUUUUCCUCGGAGCAAUUUUCACCUAUAGAUUGAGACCGCCGUCGUCGGAUUCCGGUAGCCAGCUCAUUUUACAGAACCGGAGAGAUCAGAAAGUUAAUAUAGUUUCAGAAGAUUAUGGCCAUGAGAAAACAAAAUCACAAGAAAAAGAUGUAAUGGAAGAGGUUUUAAAAACCCAUAAAGCAAUAGAAUCAUUGGAUAAAUCAGUUUCUAUGCUUCAGAGACAGCUCUCUGCUACACAGAGCUCUCAACAGAUUGUUGAUGUCUCAUUAACCAAUUCUUCAACAGAAGGAACCCAAAAGAAGAAAGUUUUCAUGGUGAUUGGUAUCAAUACUGCAUUUAGCAGUAGGAAACGUCGUGAUUCGCUUAGAGAGACUUGGAUGCCUCAAGGAGAAAAGCUUGAGAAAUUAGAAAAAGAGAAGGGAAUUGUCAUCAAAUUCAUGAUUGGACACAGCGCGGCGCCGAAUAGUAUAUUGGAUAAGGAAAUUGAUGCAGAAGAUGCUCAAUACAAAGAUUUCUUUAGGCUGGAUCAUGUCGAAGGAUAUUACAAAUUAUCUGCAAAAACCAAAAUCUUCUUUUCUAGCGCAGUUGCAAAAUGGGAUGCUGAAUUCUAUGUCAAGAUUGAUGAUGAUGUUCAUGUCAAUCUUGGUACUCUUGCUUCCACAUUAGCCAGUCACCGCUCUAAGCCAAGGGUCUACAUUGGAUGUAUGAAAUCCGGGCCAGUUCUUACUAAAAAGACAGCCAAAUAUCGCGAACCCGAGUAUUGGAAAUUUGGAGAAGAAGGUAACAAAUAUUUUCGACAUGCUACUGGACAAAUUUAUGCCAUCUCAAAGGAUCUUGCCACAUACAUAGCGAUUAACCAGCCAAUUUUGCACAAGUAUGCAAAUGAAGAUGUGACACUCGGAUCAUGGUUCAUUGGUCUUGAGGUUGAGCAAAUCGAUGAUCGCAAUUUCUGUUGUAGUACUCCUCCAGACUGUGAAAUAAAGGCAGAGGUUGGAGAAGUUUGUGUGGCAUCAUUUGACUGGAAGUGCAGUGGGAUAUGCAAUUCAGUUGAUAGAAUGUGGAUGGUUCAUGCAAUGUGUGGUGAAGGUAAUAAAGCUAUGUGGGAUGCGAAUUUACAACUCUUUUAG